AUGACGAUUUCCGAGCGAUUAAGCAAAGUUAAAGAAUUGCGAGCUUGCUUCAACUGUCUCCGCCGUGGGCACCGUCUCGUUGGUUGUCCCUCUAAGAAUACGUGUAGUAAAUGCAGAAAGCGACAUCAUACCCUACUACAUAUUGAAUCGACCGCUCCGUUUGAUGUAUCUAACACCACACUUCCGUCGACUAGCUCCGAGCAGUUUCAAGUCAAACCCAACCUAAGUUCCGAUGAGAAGCCUAAAUCAGGUUCUCCAGUUCAAACUCAGUCGAUUUCAUCGUCUUGUUCGGUGAACCCCAAGAAAGUUCCGCUGCCAAAUGUGUUAUUAUUAACAGCCGUUGUUAAUGUGAUGGAUAGAGAUGGUCGAUCAAUUCCCUGUCGAGCAUUCAUUGAUUGUGGUGCUCAGACAAAUCUUAUUUCAAGCGAAAUGUUUCGCAAGCUUGGAUUAGAUUGUGUAUCCGUAAAUGUUGAUAUUCUCGGUGUUAGUGGCGUUCGGUCUAAAGCGAACCGACUCGUCUCCGUUAUCAUGAGUUCCCAGUGUACCGAUUAUAAGACAACAUUGAAGUGCCUAGUCGUUCCUAGAAUCACAAGUCAGCUGCCAUGUAAGCCCGUCGACAUUAAGAAUUGGAAUAUUCCACCUGAGUUGCGCCUAGCCGAUCCUGGUUUCCAUUCACCUUCGGAGGUAGAUUUGUUGAUCGGAAUAACCCACUUUUUCGCAUUGAUGAAACCAGGUCAAUUUGUAAUUGAUGAAGGCUUACCAGUAUUCUGUGAAACAGAAUUAGGUUGGGUCGUUUCCGGUGAAGUGAACGACAAAUAUGAGUCCAUUGUGCAUGCUCGCUCGGUUAACACUGUAACAAUUGAAUCGUUAAGUGAAAUGAUGAAGCGAUUUUGGGAACUAGAAGAAGUAGAAGAAACGAAACCCAACGUAGAAGAACAAGAAUGCGAGGAGAUUUUCCGCAGAUCUCACCGCAGAGAUGAUUCUGGUCGCUUCAUAGUGGACCUUCCCUUCCGUGAAAAUGUGAACCUGUUAGACGACAAUCGUUCGUCAGCCCUUCGUCGUUUUUUAUUCCUCGAAAAACGACUUCAACGAAAUCCUGAAUUGCAUCAAUUAUAUUCCAAGUUUAUCGAAGAGUAUGAAUCUCUUGGCCAUUGCAAGGAAGUUCAGGAGAGGUUGGACCCUCCCGGUAAGUUGGUGUAUUACUUGCCUCAUCACGCUGUUUUACGUCCAACCAGUAGUAGCACAAAACUAAGAGUAGUUUUUGAUGCAUCCGCUAAGUCGAAUCCUUCUGUAAAAGCAUUGAAUGAAGUACUAUACGUCGGUCCCGUUGUACAAAAUGAUUUAUUGACUAUAUUGUUGCACUUUCGUCGUUUCCGAUUUGCAUUUACCGCUGACAUAGCGAAAAUGUAUAGACAAAUCCUCGUAAAUCCCAGCCAAACGUCUGCUCAACGCAUAUUUUGGCGGUCCCAUCCUAAUGAAGGCUUACGAGUCUUACAGUUACAGACAGUUACGUACGGCACAUCAUCAGCACCUUUCCUGGCUACUCGCUCACUAGUACAGUUGUGUGAAGAUGAAGGUUCGCAGUUUCCCCAUGCAUCGCGCAUCGUUCUCGAGGAUUGUUACGUCGAUGAUAUAAUAUCUGGUGCAGAUUCCAUUGAAGAGGCCAUCGAGUGCCAACAUCAACUCCGUUCUCUGUUGUCCAGAGGAUGUUUUCCGAUACACAAAUGGUGUGCGAACAACGAAGCAAUCUUUAAAGAUAUUCCAGACCAAGAGCGUGAAAAGCUAGUUCAUCUAAAUCAGAUUUCAGCCGACCAGGUUAUCAAAACUCUGCGUCUUAUAUGGAACCCAUCCUCCGAUAAGUUUUUGUUUACAAUUGAUCCUAUUGCUGAUGAUAACCCGGUAACGAAAAAACGCCUAUUUUCUAUAGUCGCAAAGUUAUUUGAUCCCUUGGGUUUCUUAUCACCCACGAUAGUGAUUGCGAAGCGGUUGAUGCAGAGAACGUGGGCCACUAAGCUUGAGUGGGAUUGUCCGCUUGGAGGAGAUCUUCUAGAGACGUGGUCUCAGUUUUCGCGUGCCCUGCAGAAGGUGAAUGAAGUUGAAAUACCUAGACCAGUUUUAGUUUCCGGAUCAAGAACUAUUGAGCUCCAUGGUUUUGCUGACGCAUGGGCACAUGCAUAUGGAGCUUGCUUGUACGUUCGCAGCAUUGAUUCUGAUGGGAAUAGUACCGUCCUAUUGCUAUGUGCAAAAUCGAAAAUUGCACCUUUGAAGGAAAUGACGAUUCCGCGCAAAGAGCUUUGCGCUGCUCAGCUCCCAAAAGACUUCGCCUGA